CAGCUCCUGGCCACUCUCUGAGGGCCUGAUUUUGAAAAGAGAAACGGGCCAAUCAGGGCGCGGAGCGCUGUUUGGCGCUGCCAUUUGAGCCUGGGCUGGAAGGGAAGGUGGAAAGAUUGUGGCUCCGGCGCUGCAGAGGCGGUGAGGGCGGAGGCAUGAGGAGCGUUGCGUGGCUUCAGUGAGCACACCAGGAUGUGCCUGCCGGGGGCUGCAGGCAGGCUGAUGGCGGAGGGAAGGAGCAGCCUGUGAAACGGGGUGACGGCGGCGACCAGCCCGGGCGGGGACCGGGACUGGAAGAGGCGCCUGGGCAGCCGGCUGGUCCGGCGGCUGGGCUGGGGCUGGGGUCGGAGACUUGAGGGACGAACGCCCAGUUGAAACUGCCAGCGCAGGAGAGCCGAGGAGAAGGGUCGUCUUUCACCGUUGGGAAAGAGACGAGGGCGAAGUGAGGAUUGGAGGAAACUGGAUUUUGGAAGUGGCCGGAAGUGGUGAGAAGGUGGUAACAGGCGUCGGUACUAGGAACCGAAAGGAUCAGGGAGAAAGAAGGGAGGUCUGUGGAAGUAGCCGAAAGGAUCGAGGGACAAGAAAGAAGGCCGGUGUAAGGAAGUGAAGGAGAAGUGAGCUGUGGCUAGAUCAGAAGGAAGUAGUAGAAGACGGUCAGUGGAAGUGGAUAGAGGACCGAGGGAAAAGCCGUGGAAGUGGCUGGGGUCCGGGAUCAGAACGGUGUCAGACUUGGCCGGAAGGCAGCGGAGCAGAGCGCAAACCUGAGCGUGUUUGGAAAUUGGAAGACUUGGUGGCGAACGAGGCUCAGGACUCAGGUCCUGCCUCGGAGAGUGGGCGACGUGUCCGGGAUGUGGGAUCGGAGGCUGGUAAGGUUGGCCUUGUUGCAGCAGCUUCGGGCUGUCUAUGGCAUUAAGGUCAAGAGUGGCCGUGGGCAGUGCGAUCGUAGGAGACAUGAAACAGCGGCCACGGAUAUGGCGGGUAAAAUAUUUGGAGUACCUUUUAAUGCAUUGCCACAUUCUGUUGUACCAGAAUAUGGACACAUUCCAAGUUUUCUUGUUGAUGCUUGCACGUCUUUAGAAGAACAUAUUCAUACAGAAGGGCUUUUUAGGAAAUCAGGAUCUGUUGUUCGUCUGAGAGCCCUAAAGAAUAAACUGGAUCGCGGUGAGAACUGCCUGGCUUCUGCGCCGCCCUGUGAUGUUGCAGGGCUUCUUAAGCAGUUUUUCAGGGAAUUGCCAGAGCCCGUUCUUCCGGCGGAUUUGCAUGAAGCACUUUUCAAAGCUCAGCAGUUAGGAACAGAGGAGAAGAGUAAAGCUACCUUGCUGCUCUCCUGUCUCAUGGCUGACCACACAAUUGAUGUGUUAAGAUACUUCUUUAGCUUUCUCAGGAGUGUUUCACUUAGGUCUAGAGAGAAUAAAAUGGAUAGCAGCAAUCUCGCAGUAAUAUUUGCACCAAACCUGCUUCAGACAAGUGAGGGACAUGAAAAGAUGUCUGCUAACACAGAGAAAAGGCUCCGAUUGCAGGCUGCAGUGGUACAGACUCUUAUUGACUAUGCAUCAGAUAUUGGGCAUAUUCCAGAUUUUAUCCAGGAAAGGAUACCAGCCAUGUUGGGUAUUGAUGGUCUCUGUGCUACUCCAUCAUUAGAAGGUUUUGAAGAAGGUGAAUGUGAAACUCCUGGUGACUAUAAGAGAAAGCCAAGACAAAGCGUAGGAGAUUUUGUUAGUGGAGCAUUAAAUAAACUUAAAUCUAACAGAACACCCUCUAUUACACCUCAACAGGAAAGAACUGCUCAGCUACCCAUAUCACCCACGAAUCUUACACCAAAUGCUAAGCGUAAACUACCAAUAGAUUCUUCUCAUGGUUUCUCAAGUAAGAAAAGGAAGUCCAUCAAGCACAAUUUUAACUUUGAGUUGUUGCCAACGAAUCUCUUCAGCAAUUCUACACCAGCAUCAGUUCACAUUGAUACAAGCCCCGAAGGGUCAGCUCAGAGUUCAUUCUCUCCUGUAGCCGCCAGUGGAAACGAUUCGGUCAGUGCAAGCGUGCUAAGGCGAAGUAAGAGGAUUGCAAGUAAAAAAGUUUGCAGGGUGGAAUCAGGCAAAGCAGGCUGCUUCUCUCCUAAGAUCAGUCGUAAAGAAAAGGUCCGAAGAUCUCUUCGUUUGAAAUUUAGUCUGGGGAAAAGUAGCAAAGACCUAAAUGGGUGUUCUGGUAUUGAAAGAUCUGAAAAUGUUGGUCGACGACUUGCAAAUCAACAAAGUUUAAAAAAUAGGAUUGAAUCUGUAAAAACAGGUCUGCUUUUUAGCCCAGAUAUUGAUGAAAGAUUAACAAAGAAAGGUUCACAAAAGAUCAGUAAGUCUGAGGAGAACUUAUUAACUCCAGAGCGUCGAGACGGAACAAGUUACCGGAUGUCUUGGACAGGACCUACUAAUUCCAGUUUUCAAGAAAUGGCAACAAAUGAAAUCAAGGGAAAUCUUGGGGUGGAAAGCUCUUCUUCUGAGCCUGAUACUUCAGUUGGAAAGUUACCUGUUAGUUCAUCUGAACUCACCCCUUCUAAUGUAGAGGAUAAGCAUAAUAACAGUGUAGCUGGAAAUUCUCUUAGUGGGGAUGAAAAUAACUUGACCACAGAGACUCUGGUGAAAAUUCAGAAAGCAUUUUCUGAAUCUGGACAUAAUCUUCAUGCAUUGAUAAAUCACAGGCAGUCAUCAGAAACUAAUGUGGGAAAAGUAAAGCUAAAUGAAACAUCUUCUAUAGACUACAGCCCAGAGAGAAAUCUAUUUGAAACCAAUGAUUUGACUGUGAUAGAAUCAAAUCAACAUCGAACUAGUAAAGAUGAACAUAGUGUGUCAGAACGAGACAUUUCACUACAUCAAACCCAAAAACUAGAUAGAGAAGCAACUAGAAAAUGUUAUUCAACUCCUGUGAAGAUUGAACAUCAAGAAAACAGCUCUUCAAAUAAACUUAAAGAUUAUUCAGUCAAGCAAGAGUUGCCUAGUGAUGAACACGUAAAGGAACAGCAGGCCCCAAGGGAUAAAGAAAAUCCUGAAUUAAAGGAGAAGGAGAAUAUGACAGAAGAGAACGUGGCGAACUGUGCAGCUUCUAGGGAGGAUGCAGCUCGCACGCCUUCCUCAGAGCUCACCACGUGUAACAUAACAAACUUGUCCAAACGUAGGCCUGUGCGAAUUGUGAAGCAGCAGUCGCUGGUGGAAACCAGCACUACAGUUUCUGAAAGCUUACAAGUGACAGAGCGUGGUAAUGUGUCAGACCACAUACAGUGGUUUAACAAGCUUUCUUUAAAUGAACCAAAUAGAACAACAGUUAAGUCACCUCUUAAGUUUCAGCGUACACCUGUCCGUCAGUCUGUCAGAAGGAUUAACUCCUUGUUGGAGUACAGCAGACAGCCUGUAAGGCCCAAAUUGGCGAGUCUUGGUAAUGCCCCUUCUCCUCUAGUUAAGUCAGUGAGCUGUGACAGUGCUCUUUCCUCUGGUAUGGAAAGUACAUCAGAAGAUUCCUUGAUUUCAUGUACCAAAUCAGGUCCUAAAGAACGGAAGUUUACAGAGUGUGGACAGUCCAGUGUUGAUGCAGUUUCAAAGUCAAGCGCGGAAUUUACUUCUAAAUCUUUCCCAAAGACGAAGAGGCACCCGGACUCCACGAAUGCUUCUCUUGGGUCUAACAGAGUUUGUAAACAGGAAGUGGUGUCCAAAGGCCAGAUUAAGGUUCCCUUGGAUGACCUGACAAAUCAUGACAUACUAAAAUCAGUUGUAAAUAAUAAUACGGGCUUUUCUCCUGGGAUAAAUAGAGUCCUUAGGAAACCAUCAGAAAAAGAAAGGGUCUGGUAUAAAGGUUCUCCAAAAAAUCCUAUAGGAAAAGCUCAGCUACUACCAACGAGUAAACCUGUAGACUUGUAAUUGGUAGAUGUUAAUACUUGUUAUGUAAAUAAAAUUAGCUGUUGGUGAUAGGACUUGCAGGAUAAUCUGCAUGUUAGUUUGUUAGCUCAGGAAGAUUAAGUGAUCGAUUUCAAUUUCACUGCAUAAGCAACUUGAAUUCUUUGCUUGUAUAAAUUACUGUUUUGUUUUUCUUAAGUAUGGCAGUAUUUAAACUUCUUAAUUGCAUUGUGAUCUCUCCAAGCAGAGGUUACAUUUUACCUUUUAAAAGAAGUUGUUGGCUGGGUUUAUGAGAAAUUAAUUCUUGAAAAUUGUAUGAAUUUUAUUUUUUAAGUGAUGUGAAGAAUGAACGAGUUAUGCCUAUUUCCUUUUAUUCCUCCUGAGUCAGAGAAGGUUUCUACAGGAAAUUUCUAACCUGUAAAGGGAAGAGAUAAGCCCUACGAAUCCUAUUUCUUGAAUUACAUUGAUACUUAUGGUUUAUGCCAGGAUCCCUAGAAAUUAACUUGUUCAAUAGCAUCUUAAUCUUUUAUUCCUUUUUGGGGCUGAGUAAUUGGUUUUAUAUGGUCUGUUGAUGUGUAUAGUGUGUUUCCUUGGAUGAAGAAUAAAGGGAAUAUUCUAAAGCAGAAUAAUGACUCAAGUGUGCUCUUAGAGAAUGAUGCUGCAGAAAUACUUGAUGACUUUUGAGCCAUACUAUGUCUUAUAGGUAAUUUGCACAAAUACAUUUGUAGCUGUUUUGUCCAAUAUAGAAUUUAAAAUUAUUUAAGGAGGAAUAAUUAAGCUUGGAAAUUUUUAAUCAAGGGGAUUUCUUACAUGCACGUGCUUGAUUUUAUAAUUUAAAAUAGGUGAUGUGCCUCUGUACUUUUAACUUGGAUUCUUAACUUUUGAUUCUUAUAAAAGCCUAUGAUGGUUUUGUCUGGUGUGUAAAUGUUAUUUAUUUAGCAUAGACAUUAAACGUAACCUUCUGGAAAAUGA